GCACACACUAGUGAAUAGUGAUAAUAUAAUAAGAGACUCUGAGCUGUUUGGCUCUUUCCAAAAAGACAACUAGUAGCAGCAACUUAAUCUCCAACCAAUCUUAAAACGUUGCUAAUCAGUUCCAUUAUCAAAUGAAUCAAUAACUUCAUCAAUAAACAUGGUAGAAAUAAUCUCUUCUCCUUCUUCUUCAUACAAUACUUUGCUAAAACCAUGUAACUCAACACAACAUCCAAAAAAAUCCAUACAAAGUGCACUCAUUAUUCCUUCAUCUCUAACUCCAAUAAUGAACAAUCUCACAAGUGCCCAAAUCAGAUUACAACCAAGAUUCAACAGCAAUAAUAACAGAUGGAAAAAGACAUCAUCAUCUGAGGUGGUGUUAGCAGGCGCAGCAGGUGAUGAAGAUUACGGCGGAAAACGGCGGAGGUGUGCGAAAGUGGUGAAGUCCAUGGCGGAGAAUGAGAGAGAAUAUGCGGUGGAGGAUAAGGAGAAUGAGAGAUACAGAUAUACGGUGGUUUGUUUGGUGGCGUUUGUUAUGUGUCUUUGCAGUGCAGAUAGGACUGUUAUGUCGGUAGCUAUUGUUCCGUUGGCUCAUACGCAUGCUUGGUCUACCUCUUUUGUCGGCAUUGUCCAGUCAUCAUUUUUAUGGGGAUACAUAGUAUCCUCCGUAAUUGGUGGAGCAAUGGCUGACAAAUUGGGAGGAACAAGAGUAAUGGCAUGGGGUGUUGCAUUGUGGUCCUUGGCUACCCUCCUUACCCCAUGGGCUGCCAACCACUCGGCCGCCACCCUCUUGGUUGUUCGAGCUGUCUUUGGCCUAGCAGAAGGCGUAGCUUUUCCGGCCAUGAACAUCCUCCUAUCAAGGUGGUUUCCGAUCCAUGAACGUGCACGAGCGGUAGGGAUCUCCAUGGCAGGAUUUCAGCUUGGAAAUGUAUUAGGCCUAUGCCUAACUCCCAUUUUAAUGUCACUAGUCGGAAUAUCAGGACCAUUUGUGCUGUGGUCAGCUCUUGGGCUACUUUGGACGAUGGUAUGGAUUUAUGGAGUUGCAAAUGAUCCAAAACAAAGCCCUUUUGUCAGCAAGUUAGAACUCCAACUUAUCCAAGCUGGGAAAACUGCUGAUUCUUCUCAUAGCAACAGAAAAAAUCUAUCCCAACUAUUAAGCCACCUCUUACCAAAACGGCCUUUUUGGGCAAUCGUUUUUGCGAAUUUCACCAACAAUUGGGGAUAUUUUGUUCUUCUGUCGUGGAUGCCUAUCUAUUUCAAAACUGUACUAAAUGUAAAUUUAAGGGAAGCGGCAUGGUUUAGUGCUAUUCCAUGGGGAGUGAUGGCUGUAUCGAGCUUUGUUGCUGGUUCAACAUCAGAUUACUUAACCAAAGCUGGCUAUUCUUUGAUAUUAGUUCGUAAGAUCAUGCAGUCCAUAGGAUUUGUUGGACCUGGAUUGUCAUUACUUUGCUUAAACUAUGCUACGUCUCCAGGAAUUGCAUCUAUAAUUCUUACAAUUGCUCUGAGCUUGAGUUCCUUCACUCAAGCUGGAUAUUUCCUCAAUAUACAAGAUAUUGCUCCACAUUCCGCGGGACUUGUUCAUGGUAUAACAAAUGCAGUUGGGACAUUAGCUGCAAUUAUUAGCACAAUUGGUGCAGGGUACUUUGUGGAAUGGCUUGGAUCUUUCAAAGCAUUUUUAACCUUGACAUCUAUGCUUUAUUUUGCUGCUGCAAUAUUUUAUAACCUAUAUGCCACUGCAGAACGAGUAGUUUGAUAUCUCAUCUUCUUGUUGCAGAAAUGUUGAAUUUGCAACAAUUGGUUGUUUCUCUUUUCUGCUAGGGUGAAAUAAUCAUUCAAUCUAAUUGUUCACUGGAAAUGUACACUGUACAGGAGUACUGAAAGAAUAAAACAAAUAAAAGUGAAUAUUAUUUUCCUAUC